AUGGGCCGGACAUCAGAGGACAAGCAGGAUGUCUAUCACCGCCUCGCCAAGGAGAACGGCUGGCGUGCCCACAACGCCUUCAAGCUGCUGCAGCUGGAUGAGGAAUUCCACCUCUUCCAAGGAGUGAUGCGGGCCGUUGACCUCUGUGCAGCCCCAGGUGGCUGGAGCCAGGUUCUGAGUCAGAAGAUUGGGGGCCAGGGCUCUGGCCACGUGGUGGCUGUGGAUCUGCAGGCUAUGGCCCCACUACCAGGCGUGGUACAGAUCCAGGGGGACAUCACCCAGCUGUCCACUGCCAAGGAGAUCGUCCAGCACUUUGAGGACUGCCCCGCGGACCUAGUGGUGUGCGAUGGGGCCCCUGAUGUGACCGGCCUCCACGACGUCGACGAGUAUAUGCAGUCCCAGCUCCUCCUAGCCGCUCUGAACAUUGCUACACACGUUCUGAAGCCAGGGGGCUGCUUUGUGGCCAAGAUCUUCCGAGGCCGGGAUGUGACACUGAUCUACAGCCAGCUGCGUGUCUUCUUCUCCAGCGUGCUCUGUGCCAAGCCCAGGAGCAGCCGGAACGCCAGCAUCGAGGCCUUUGCUGUCUGUAAGGGUUAUGACCCUCCUGAGGGCUUCCUGCCCGACCUGACCAAGCCGCUACUGGACCACUCUUACGAUCCAGAUUUCAACCAAUUAGAUGGCCCCACCCGCGUCAUCGUGCCGUUUGUGACCUGUGGGGUCCAGAGCACCUAUGAUUCAGACUGCAGUUACCCACAGGACCUAGAAGACGGCUCAGAGUAG